AUAUGCGUUUUAUAUCUUGUGAGAAGUUCAACCUUGCUCUCCACGCUUGAUUUUUAUUUCCUCCCGGUAGAUGGUAGCGUCGUCUUAGUAAACUUUGCGAUUUCGAUUCUCCUUGUCGUGGUUUUAAAUCGCAUUUUUCUUCCAAAUUGACGGGUCUAAACAUGGGAAGGCGAUAUUAUUGUGAUUAUUGUGAUGUUAGCUUUCCAGACAGUAAGGAAGGGCGCAGAAAACACAAUGACGGUCUUGUUCAUCAAAAAAUGAAAGAUGCACACUUCAGGCAGUUUGCAGAUUCGCGGACAAGGCUAGCUCAAGAGCUUCAGAAAACUCCCUGCAGAAGAUUUUUACAGGGAAUCCCCUGUAUGUUUGGUGAUGAUUGCAGAUUUUCUCAUCUUUGGCCUUACGAAGUUGAGCAACUGAGAUAUUCUGCUCAAAUGGAAGAGAUGGCAUCUGUGAAACUUCCAAGUCAGUUGCUAAAAAAUGAACAGCCAAUUGAGGAUUUUGUGAAAAGGAUUGAAACGCUGGUCAAGGAAAAAGAGGUUGAAGCCACCAAAUCCAACUCGCAGGCAUGGUCGCAGUUUGAAACAACUGAAAAUAUGAGACAAGCAGCUGUAUAGUGGACCACGACCGCUGCGUGCAUAUAUUUAUAGCCAUUUAAGCGGAUUGCAGUGACAGGGCUCCGUCUAACCAAGAGGGAUCUUUUCACCGUCUAUUUUCUAUACGUCGUCCGUUCAACGUGCGUGAUCCAUUUCACGACACGCAUCGAAAACAUGGUAUUGCGGCACAUUCGCGCCAAGCUCAACCACUAGAUCUACUACAUCCUAAGACUAUACGUUGUCUCUUGUGUGCACAGACUGUCACUGUUCCCCUGUUUAAAAAAUAAAUAAAAAAAUGAAAAGAAGAAGAAGAAAAGAAACUGUGAGAGAGACAAAUGAGGGCGCUGAAAAAAGAAAAGAAAGAAGAAGAAAAAAAAAGGUGCCACGACGACCGCUUCAUAUCGAUCGACACGAUGGAUACGUUUUUCCUCUUUGCAAGAACGCUGUCAAAUGUAUAGAUGGAGGAGCGUGCUGGAUGCAUGUGCCGGAUGCGUGCGGAACAAAUGCACCGAUCAUUUAUUUAAAAGGAUAUUUAUAAAGAUUGGACGGUCGCAUUUGUUUCGUGAUGGAUUGCGCCAGCUCGUGACUAUUAUAAUAAAUGCAUAUUAUUUCUUGG